CGCCAUGGUGACCGGGCCUACCUCCCCCGUCUCUGCCUCUCGCCGCACACCUCCAACAUGGCACCCGUGUAUGACAGGCCCGGCUACUGGGGAAAGCCCACCUCAACACUGGACUGGUGCGAGGAGAAUUACGCCGUGUCCUUUUACGUGGCCGAGUUCUGGAAUACUGUAAGUAACCUGAUUAUGAUCCUACCUCCUAUCUAUGGCGCGAUUCAGACUGUAAAAGAUGGCCUUGAAACACGUUAUUUGGCUGCAUUUUUGGGACUUGCAGCCGUGGGAAUAGGGUCAUGGUGUUUCCACAUGACACUGAAAUAUGAAAUGCAGUUGUUAGAUGAACUUCCCAUGAUCUACAGCUGCUGUAUAUUUGUCUACUGCCUGUACGAAUGCUUCAAACACAAGAACACACGCAACUACCUUCUAGCUUUUAUUCUGGCACUAUUCAGUGGGCUAGUGACCAUAGUAUAUCUCCAGUGGAAGGAGCCAGUGUUUCACCAGGUUAUGUAUGGUUUUCUAGUUGGCUGUUUAGUCCUACGAUCAAUAUAUAUUGUCACAUGGGUCUACCCGUGGCUGAGGCCUCUUGCCUACACAUCUCUAGGUGUAUUUCUGAUGGGCUUUAUUCUCUGGAAUGUGGACAACAUCUUAUGUGAUAAUUUAAGGACCAUCAGGCAAAAGUUACCAUUGCAUCUCUUUGGUGCCAUGACACAGUUUCAUGCGUGGUGGCACAUUCUAACAGGCCUAGGCUCUUACCUGCACAUUCUCUUCAGUAUGUACACAAGAACUUUAUACUUGAAAUACAGGCCUAAAGUGAAGUUUUUACUGGGCGUCUGGCCUGUAAUUUUUGUGGAGACGUCUCUGAAGAAGCAAUAAAGAAAUUGAAAGUCAGACUCCUGGGGAAGAUAAGGUGCACCUCGGGCCUGGGAAGCGACGUGUCGGGUUCUGCAGAGUUGGUGUCUGUGAGCGAAAGACUUCAACAGAAUCAUGAAUCAACAAGAAACCGAGAGAUAUUUCCGAUCAUGCGAGUUUGUUUGCAUUUUAUUUUUGUAAAGCACUGUCAGGUGCGGUGGAUCUAAAUGGGAAGUUAUUAUGUAAAAUGCAUAAGCAAGGGAUAUUGCAGCUUGUGUUAUGAUUGCUAGGUUGUUUUAGUAGCACCCCAGAUAAUAGUUAACUAAAUCUUGAGAGCAGCUAACGUUCAUGGACUUUGCAUAUGGGGCCAAAAUAUUGAACAAAUAUUGGAAACUAAUUGCUUAAAAAAAACAAAAAACUUUGACCCUUGUUGGCUGUUUUGCCUGUCUGGUUUUAAAUGUCGUCUCCUACAGACUGUAUCCGUGGACCCUCGACACAAGAGGGGACUGCAAGUGCAAGCAGUGAACAAGCGGCGGAGCUGUAUCGGGGUGGGUUGGCAGGUCACCGUGUUGGGAGCAGAGGGGACAUAAAUGACAGAGGAUGAAACCCCACGCCCCUCCCCUCAUUUCUUUGCUUGCCUUCCGCUCUUGCCACUGCUCAUCUCCAGCACAUUGCCGACUUUGUAUUAUGAGACUCACUCUAAAGACGUAGGUUAAUUGGCUUGGUACAAUUGUAAAAUGGCCCCAGUAUGUGUGUGUGUGUAAGAUGGCGUUAGCGUGCGGGGAAUCGCUGGUUGGCGCCGGCUCGCUGUCGCACUAAGCUAAGCUAAAGUUUUGGAAAGGAUUAGAGGUUGUGUGGUGGGGGUUGGGGAAGAGAAUGGUGGAGGGGGGUAGUGGUGUGCCGAGGAAA